CAAGCUUGUUACUAGGCGUCCACUUCGGGGACCUUACGAAGCGUUAUUUGGCUCGGUGCUGACUAGUUUCAGCUACGGCGAAGCCCUUCUCAGGCGCAUAUCACGUAGUGCCCGACGAAAAUCGGCAGAAAGCAUGGAGACGGCGGUGGCCGUACCGGGAAUUCACGUGGACAUGUCGUCCAAGAGAGGAUCGACGGCCGUGUUCCAGCGGACGAUCUGUCGUUCGGCGAGCGUCGAUCAUCGGCCGAAGACGCUGAAGCCCGCUAACGGGGCCGCGGCCGAAUCUGGCGGGCUCAGAAAGCCCGCGGCUGCUCGAGAGGAGCCCGCAAGCAACCAGAACAAGCCACCCGCGCCGUCGGGCAAGGGCACUUUCGGAAAACGCCGCCAGUCAUUUGGCUCCUUGGCCGAACACAAGCACCUGUUCAAGAGGCGACGGCGCGACCUGUUCACGCCGCCGACCAAAUUCCUGCUGGGCGGCAACAUCAACGACCCGCUUAACCUGGCCAGCUUCGAGAACGACGAAGUGAACAAGCGCGCAAACGCCGUAACGCCCAAGUCGUCUCCGGUGCCAACCCCGCGGCACAGGACUCAGGUGGAGGUCCUCAUCCCGCCCAACAUCAACGACCCGCUGAACCUGAACACGGGAGAAGACAUCGAGUUCAAGCUCAUCUCCCCCGGGUCGCGCAGACGAAAGCGCCGGUACAAGCGCAAGUCCAGAAGUGAGGACGACUCCGGUACCGCUGACGGCAGUAACGCGACUCCUGCCGCUACAGCUGCUUCUGAUGCCGCAGCAGACGCCUCGGCCACUGCGUCCUCUGCGGCGGGCGACCUCGUAGAUGCUCCCGCCUCCGCUGCCGACGCAGCGGCGCCAGCCGCACAGUCAACGACGACGCCCUCUCCGGCCGUCACCGCGGCGCCGCCGACGACCUCCCGGAAGACGUCUGGGAGCGCCACAGGCCCGCUCGCUUCGUCCGCUGCUUCGGCCUCUUCGUCGUCCUCGGCUGCUCCCUGCCCCGCCGACAAGAUCGUCUCCCCCGUCGUGCCUCAGGGUUCGCCCGUCAAGUUCUCGCGGCGCAAGUCGUCGGCCGAGUCGCGACGUUCGACCGGCAGCGGCUCCGCGGCCGCCGCCGCAUCGUCCCGUCCGGCGGCCAGCGCCAAGCAGGUUCACUUCAGGCCGAAGGACGCGCACUUCCAAUACGGCAACUACAACAGGUACUACGGCUACCGGAACGGCGGCGGCCAGGAGGACCCGCGGCUCAAGGCGAUGAAGAAGGAGUGGUUCUGCGGCCUGGACGUGCUCGACAUCGGCUGCAACGUGGGCCACCUGACGCUGUCGCUGGCGCGCGACUACGCGCCGCGCAAGGUGAUCGGGCUGGACAUCGACGGCGGCCUGAUCCGCGCGGCCCGUCGCAACGUGCGGCACUACCUGACGGCGGCACUGGCCGGCGAGAUGCGGUUCCCGGUGUCCAUGGCCAUCUGCCACGGUCCCAUCGCGGCGGCGGCGUUGCCCGGCCGGCAGGCCGAGUCCGUGGCCUUCCCCAACAACGUAUUCUUCGUCGAGGGCAACUACAUACUGGACAGUGAUUCCCAGCUGGAAGCGCAGCAGGAGGAGUUUGACAUGAUUCUCUGCCUGAGCCUGACCAAGUGGGUGCAUCUGAACUGGGGUGACGAUGGCGUGCGGUUCCUCUUUAAGCGUAUGCACCGGCAGCUGCGGCCUGGUGGGCGCAUGCUCCUCGAGGCACAGCCCUUUCACUCCUAUGCCAAGAAGAAGAAGCUCACGGAGACUACAUAUAAACACUUCCAUGCAAUUACCCUUCGGCCAGAACAGUUCAACGAGUACCUGCUUUCACCAGAAGUCGGCUUUGCAAAGUGUGAACUUGUCGCCACGCCUUCCCAUGCUUCUAAAGGUUUCCAGAGGCCCCUCUAUUUAUUCACCAAAGCCGGCUCACUUGACGAGUCUCAAAGCCAGCCCCGAAAUGAUGCAACAGCCCCCAGCAGCAACAACAACACAAGCUGUGCGUCCAACAAAACGGAAGCCAGUGGAAUGUAGGAGUGACUGCCCUUGUGUGGGGGUGGUGUGAUCUUGUUCUGUCUUGUGUGAUUGUUCCACUACACACGCAUCAAGACUAUUCUCCCGGUGCAUCGCAUGCACAGGACAGGCCUUGCAAGUGUGCUUGUCGUUUCACUGAUGUGGGACAUUUUUUUUUUCUUUUUAAAUCUCCCGAAACAUUUUUUUUUCUUUGUUUGUUUGGUGCCUCUUCCAUCGUUCCGUGUUGGCUUCCUGCUGGGAUUCAGCUCGUCUCAUCGAGACUCUCUCCACGUGCACAUAAUGUAGCGCCAUGAACUAUUUGCUUCUCUCGAGUUGCCUUCUGGGGGUUUCUUUCUUUCUUUUUUUCAUUGAGGGAGUCAUUUCAUCGUGGCUUUUUUUUUUUUUUUCUUCGAAUGCAUGGCUGCAGAAAGCCAAUGCAGUGUUUUGCAAUGCAAACCGUGUGCCAGUAAGGAGGUCAUGGAAUGAGCUCUUGUACUGAUUAAACAUGACUCAGAGAUAAAAAGG